AUGGCGGGUCCAGGAAGUGAUUCUCGUUCCUCGAAUAGGCAAUCUGGGUCGUCUGGUACAUCGACUAGAAACUCGCAGUCUUCCCGUCAACAAAACCGCAAUCCUAGAAGGGACAACGACCCCUCCAGUAAAAAAGAUGAAGGGGCUAGGAAUGGAGGUGACCCACGACCUGCGACGCCAAAUCCUCCGUCGGACCAGAAUGACGACAAAAUGGAUAGCCAACCCAGUCAACAAAACGGCGAUGCUAACAAGAAUGGAACCAAUCCACCACCUGCGACGCAGGAUCCCCCGCAGGACCUGAAUGACAACAAAACUGGAAAAGACGUGUUCGACUCACUCGAGGAAAAGACGGGAAUAUUCGAGAGGAUUCUCAGAAACCUGUCGACGGAGUCGAACGAGCGGGAAAAGCGGAUCAAGGAUCUUGAGGAGGAAGUCCAGAGACAGAAUGCACGCAUCAAGGAACUCGAGGAAGACCUGGAAGACAAGAUCAAGAGGCUGGUCUCUAUCGACAACAAAUUUGGAGGCCUUAUUGCGAUGUACAAGCAGUACGACAAGUAA